CUACUUAUGCUAGCGAAUGUCAACUGCUGUGCUGGUUUAUCAGCUGUUCUUUGUUUACUUUCAGCUUCCAGUCCUUAAUUGUUCAGGAGGAUAAUUGUCAAUUCAUAGCAGAAUUUAUCUCUUGAUAGAAAGUGACAGUUACACCUUGAUCAUUCCAAAAUGGGUAGAAUCUUUCUAGAGCAUAUGGGUGGUAAUCGCAUUUUUGCAUGUGCCAGAUGUGAUACACACUUGACAAAUAGAGGUGAAUUAAUAAGCACCAGGUUUACUGGAGCCACUGGACGUGCCUUCUUAUUCAACAAAGUGGUUAAUUUAACAUACAGCGAGAAUCACGACCGAGUGAUGUUGACUGGCCGACAUAUGGUAAGGGAUGUAUUUUGCAAAGCCUGUAGCACAAAGUUGGGUUGGAUGUAUGAAUUUGCUACGGAAGAAAAUCAGCGAUACAAAGAAGGUCGUGUAAUCUUAGAAAGAGCACUUGUUACUGAAUGCGAUGGAAUGGAGGAGAGAUAAAGAACUGAUUAUUUUAUGUAUAUUUGUACCUCAUAAAUUUUUGACUUUUGAUAACUACUUAUAAGGUAGAAUUAAGCUUUUAAUUUUUUAGAGGAUAUUGUACACACAAAGGAUUUUGUAUUAAAUACUAUAUAAGAAAUUGAAGUAAUGUCCCUAAUUCAAUGUUGAUGAAAUUCUUUUUAUCACAGAGAAUUUUGAUGAUUGAUUUUUUUAUAUUGUGACAAAAGGUGUGUCUAUAAAUAGAAUAUUUUAUUUGUUGGUGACUUCAUUUUGGGAUUAAAUUAGUUUGCUUUUUCCCGUGAAAUGAAUUUUGUUUAAUUUCAAGUAGAACAUGUUGUCUUAGCAGGUGAAAUGUUGAGUGUUAUUUACUUUUUAAUAUAGUAGUAAUGUAGUCUAUCCCCAAUUUUGUAUUAAUUGAUUGUUUUGAUGUUAUAAAUACAUAGAUGUCCAAUAUACAUUCAUUAUGUGUGAAUAAACUGAUAUAACAAAGAA